GCGAGUCUGUCACUGCGAUUUGACGGUGAAACAUGAACCGAGCUCGGCGAGGCGAAUUCAAAUCCCGGCGUUAGCACUUUCAUCCCGCUUCGCUUUGUUCCGUUGGUUUCGGUCGGAAGAGCUUUUGCGUUCUUCCGUCCCUUAGGCUGCACACCUCCCGAACCUGAGACCGCUGUCAGCCCGAUCUCCUGCGCUGGAUCACUCGUGCGACAAGAUGUGCGUGGAAAGCGACGGGUGCGAGCUCGAGGGCUGCGGCGGCGGCGGCUCGGCGGCGGCGGAGGUGCGCACGCUCUCGGGCAGCAUGAGCGCCGCGCUCAAGCCGAGUCCCGAGCUGCGCGCGUGCAAACCGGGCCAGAAAUUCCGCGCCGCGCUCAUGCGGUGCCGCACUCCCGCAGCCGCAGCGGGGAUCCUCAGCUUCGGCAACGUGCUCAACUACAUGGACAGAUACACCGUAGCCGGUGUGUUGCGCGACAUUCAGGGCCACUUUAACGUGAAUGAUAGCGGAGCUGGCUUGCUACAAACAGUUUUCAUCUGCAGUUUCAUGGUGGCAGCACCCAUCUUCGGUUACCUUGGCGACCGAUUUAACAGGAAGGUCAUUCUAAGCUGCGGCAUUUUUUUCUGGUCGGCUGUGACACUACUAAGCUCCUUCAUCUCCCAAGAGUACUAUUGGCUGUUCGUGCUAUCCAGAGGCCUGGUGGGCAUCGGAGAGUCCAGCUACUCCUCCAUCUCCCCAACCAUCAUCGGAGACCUGUUUACCAACAACAAGAGGACCGUGAUGCUCUCUGUCUUCUACCUGGCCAUCCCACUAGGAAGUGGUCUUGGCUACAUCCUGGGAUCCAGUGCUAAAGAUCUGGCGCAGGACUGGCACUGGGCUCUAAGGGUGUCUCCAGUGUUAGGGGUGACUGCUGGAAUUCUCAUCUUGUUCUUCGUCCCCGAACCCAAAAGAGGCAUCGUGGACCCGUCGACCAGCCGGACACGAACCACAUGGGUCUGCGACAUGAAAGCUCUUCUCAAAAACCGAAGUUACAUAUUCUCAUCUCUGGGGUCAGCCGCUGUGUCGUUUGCGACGGGGGCCUUCGGGAUAUGGAUCCCUCAGUACCUGGUCAGGGCACAGGAGGUGCAGGAGACUGCAGUGAGCAAAGACAGUCUGAUCUUCGGGGUCAUCACAUGUGUGACGGGUCUCCUCGGCGUCGUGAUCGGUGCCGCGACCACACGGUUCUGCCGACAGAAGACAGAACGCGCCGACCCCCUGGUGUGUGCUGUCAGCAUGCUCGGCUCAGCCAUCUUCAUCUGCCUUAUCUUCGUCGUGGCCAAGAAGAGCAUUGUAGGAGCCUACAUCUGCAUCUUCAUAGGAGAGACUCUACUUUUCCUAAACUGGGCCAUCACAGCAGAUAUUUUAAUGUAUGUUGUCGUACCGACCAGAAGAGCCACGGCUGUCGCAUUUCAGGGCUUCACUUCCCAUUUGCUAGGGGAUGCAGGCAGUCCGUAUCUCAUAGGCCUGAUAUCAGACGCUCUGCAGGAGAGGUAUGCAACGUCAGUGCUGUGGUCAUUCCUGAGCCUAGGCUACGCCCUCAUGCUCUGCCCCUUCGUCAUCGUCCUCGGGGGGAUGUUCUUCCUCGCCACAGCCCUCUUCUUCCUUGACGACCGGGAAAAAGCAGAGAGACUGACGAAGCAGCUCGCCCAAUCGCUGUCUGCAGUAAAGGUCACCAAGUGAGAGAAGGUCUGGAGUGGGAGGAUUGAGAGCAAGCCGAGGAGUGGGCGAGGUGAACAGAAGGGAGACGGAGAGGGAGGGAAAAAAAGAGAAAGAGGAGCUGGCCCACUCGACACAUAUGCUGCACAUCACCAUCAUCACCGUCGUUGCUCAUCAUCUUUACUCAUGCCCUGCUCUUCAUGUCUGUUGGGUGGAAACUGAACUUGCUUUGCUGAAGAGACCCAAUCACAUUCCACUAGGGAAGUGGAGUGCAAUCUGUGAAGUAAAGCUACACUGGCAAGUCAGUCAUCCUGCAGCUGGUGGGCAGCUCUCAAAUGAAGGCCAGUAGGGAUACCAGAAGGGUUAAAAAAGGGGCUCAAUAAUCCCCUUAGUGCCAUACUACUGAACACGGACACGCACUCUGUCCUGUCAUGCUGCCUGUCGAUCUGCACCAAGUGCCAUAGCAUCACAUUCCCAGAACUGACCACGCCUACAGCCAAAACGAGCUCACUGAUUGGUUGUGUAAAUAUGGUAAUGAAGGAAUCAGUGAUCUCAGAGUCAUCGAAGGGGAAAUAGCUGUACGGUUUAGCCCGCCUUAAUAACGUCGGCAUGGACAGAUGUCUGGUUCCUGGUCAUCUUCUUUAAGUCUGUUCUGUCUGUUUUCUUAAAUCUUUCUUUGUCUUAGCACUUACUGUCGUAACCCAGUGCCAGUCAAAUGAUGCAAUCAGACUACAUAAUCACCCAUAAUAUAUGUGCGCUCUAAUUUUUACAAUAUCCAUAAACAGGGAACCCAAGGUGUGGGUCAAAAAAAAAGGGAAAAAAAAGAAAAAGAAAUGCCAUAAAAUGUAGAGAAACACUGGAGUGUAAAUAUGAACUUCGCAAAUCCGUUUAAUUUCAUCAGACUUUCUAACAUUCACACUUCAAAUAACAUGCCAAGGAUUAAAAAAAAAAAAGAAACAAUAUCAAGUCUUUAGUGGCUUGUGAUAAUGCUGUUCUUUGAGGGAUUCUUUACAAGCUGCCAGCUCAGUCUAAGAUUCAACACUCACUGGUGUGUGAGAAUAGGUGUCUUUGUAUGCUGGGUUCCAAUAUUCCAAUGUUCCGAAGUUGAUAUCCCUUUCUGAAUGUGAGAAAGAAAGAGCUUGAAUAGUGAUACGUCUAACUUAGUCACAAGUUAAACAGAUAUUGACAACAACAAAAAAAAGGUUUCGUUCAAAGGUUAAGGGAAUAUACUGAUAUUAGGUUAAGUAUUGGAUUACUUUGGAAUUACAUAAAAAGAAGGUGUUAACCACUUCCUGUUUUUAUGAUCACGUAAUGAAAGAAUUUGUAGAUUUGGUAAUUAUAAACUUAGCUAUUAUAAACAGGUCAAAAUUAGGGAUUUUUUUACAGAAUGACGCUAAAAUAUAAGUUUCAUAAAUAGUGAUUUUUUUUUUAAUGUUUGAAAUGCUACCAAGUAGACAUAGAAUUAAGUAUUUGUAUAAAUCAGGAGAAGCACUUUCCUAUUAAAGCCGUCCUGGGUAAGGGAAAAAGAACAAAGACCCACUAGAGUUUACCGUUUUUAUCGUGAAAAUGAGUUAUUGCUGUUUCUUGAAUGAUUUGUAAAUACAGUUUAUUGUAAAAUAUGCAAUUUUUUAAAAAAUCAACUUAGCCUUUCGAAACAAAGGCAAAGCUUUCAUAAGAGCAAUGAUCUCAAAUUUUUCACGCCAAGUUGCGUUGCCGUUUUAGUUGUUUUAAGUUUAGCGUAUAUUCGUCACAAAAAUCCUUAUAGUAAUCAUAAUAAUAAUAAUAAUAAUAACAACAGGUUUAGCCUUUUUUCACAUUGAAAAAAUAGCACCUUGGAUAUAGAUUGAAGGGAAGUGUCAUUUGUCUAGAGAUCGAAAAAAAAAGCAAAAA